AUGGACAAGGUGACCCAGAAUCAGGCUCUAGACGCGCCGGUUAAAGAGACGAAGAAAGUAGACGGUGACGCGCCUGACCGGGGAGGCUACUGGGUACGUCCGAGAAAAGGCUCGCAAGACAAUACCCCCUUCCACAGAAACAUUGCUGACUCUACAUUCCACUUAGAACAGCGAAUCUUCAAAUAUGGCAGCUCCACCGACUACAUCUUGGAAGCCGUUGCCAUCAUUGCUGCCAUAGGUUCUGGGGUGGCUGUGGCGCUGAUCAACCUCGUCAUCGGACAAUUUAUCAACGUGCUGUCUGGCGCCACCGGGGCACAACCGAAUCUGGGUCCGGCGUACAUGGCCCAGGUCUCCAAGUUUUCCCUCUACUUUGUUUAUAUCGGCAUCGCGAGGUUCGGCUUGACUUACAUCUACUCGACCUUGAUGACACUAGUUGCCUUCAACCUAACCCGGAACAUCCGUCAUCAAUACUUCCGCGCCGCCCUCUCUCAGGAAAUUGGCUUCUUCGACCAGGCAUUAGGCGGCUCCAUAUCAGCACAAGCAGUGGCCAAUGGCAAGUUCAUCCAGGCUGGCGCCGGCGAGAAGCUCGGCCAAGUAUUUCAAGCGAUUGCCACCUUCAUCGGGGCAUUCAUCAUUGCCUUUGUCACUCAGUGGAAACUAACGCUGAUACUGAUCUGCAUCGUGCCGGCUCUUCUUAUCGUUAUUGGCAGCAUGUCUGUGUUGGAUUACAAAAGCGAAAUAAAGAUUAUCAAGAAUAACGCGCAGACUGACGCCUACUCAGAGAGCCUUCUCGGAAGCAUUAGAACGAUCCAGGCCUUCAACCUUCGACCUCGACUAUUACGUGAGUAUGCUAGUUAUACCCAAAAGACCUUCGACUUGAGCAAAAGCAAGAACUGGCUUUAUGGUAUCAUGUUUGGCGGCGAGUACUUUAUUAUUUUCGCAGGUAUGGGUCUUGCAUUCUGGCAAGGUGUUGCUAUGAUUAGCCGUGGUGAGGUUGCUGGCUUCGGUACUGUCUUCACUGUUCUAUUCUCGGUCAUUAUAUCCGCUUCUUCGAUUAAUGCUCUUGCCCCUCAUCUCGUUUCGUUCGGCCGCGCAAGCACAGCUGCCAAUGAGCUUUUUGCUCUUAUCGACAGGGAGUCUGAGAUCAACCCCUUCUCUAGCUCAGGCAACAAGCCUACCAGCAUCACGGGCACUAUCGACUUCUCCAGCGUGGGUUUCGCAUACCCAACAAGGCCCAAAAAUCCUGUACUACAAGACUUUUCUCUCACUAUGCCCGCUGGCAAGGUCACUGCAUUGGUGGGACCUAGCGGCUCAGGCAAGAGUACCGUCGUUGGCCUUCUUGAGCGCUGGUACAACCCGUUAUCGGGCAGCAUCAAGCUGGAUGGCGUCGACAUCAAGGAUCUUAAUCUACUAUGGCUGCGGACUAACAUCCGGCUGGUGCAGCAGGAACCCGUCCUCUUUAAUGGGACCGUCUUUGAGAAUAUCGUCUAUGGCCUUGUCGGUACCGAGUGGGAGUCUGCACCACGGGUCAAGCAACUUGAGCUCGUCAAGCAAGCCGCCGUCACCGCCUUCGCCGAUGAUUUCAUCAGGCAACUCCCUCGGGGGUAUGACACGCCAAUUGGCGAGAGGGGUGGUCUUCUCUCGGGCGGUCAGAAACAGAGAGUUGCUAUCGCACGCAGUAUCAUCUCAAACCCUAAGAUCCUACUCCUUGACGAGGCCACCAGUGCCCUUGAUCCUCACGCAGAAGGUAUUGUACAGCAGGCGCUGGACAGCGCAUCUCGGAACAGAACCACGAUUGUUAUCGCGCAUAAGUUAAAGACUAUUCGUAAUGCUGAUAAUAUUGUUGUGCUCGCCCGUGGUAAGAUCAUUGAACAGGGCACACAUGAACAGCUUAUGGCAGAAGCUAGCACCUAUUCAGCUCUUGUUAAAGUUCAAGAUCUGUCACCAACAGUUCAUGAUGACUCGUCACAGCAGAGUCAAGAGGACGAGGUUGUGGAACAGAUUGAGAAGACAAAGUCACUAGCCAAGUACACGACCAUGGAAGCGAACCACCUAGCCUCGCUAAAGGACAGGGAAGACUUUGAUGCUUACAAGAAGACGUCACUCGCCCGGACGCUUGUUAAGGUGAUCUUGGCAUCUUGGGACCUCCGAUGGUGGUACCUUCUUAUUGCCACCACAUGUACCGUAGGUGCGGCUUCGUAUCCAGGUCAGGCCUUCCUGUUGGCCGGUGUCAUGGACUUAUUCACGGCCCCGGACAUGGUACCAAGAGGAAACUUCAUAUCUCUUAUGUUCUUUGUUAUGUCCCUUGGUUGUUUGGUGGUCUACUUUAUCUUAGGCUGGUCAACCAAUGUGAUUGCUCAGAGCCUCAACCAACGCUUCCGAGAUUCAAUAUUCGAUAGCCUUCUACGUCAGGACCUUCGGUUUUAUGACCGUAGCGAAAACACUGUUGGGGCUAUGAACAGCCGACUAUCAUCUUAUCCUGCUGCGAUUCAAGAGCUCAUGGGGUUCACAAUCGCAAUCAUUCUUAUGGCGGUUAUCAACCUUGUUGCAUCGAGCAUUAUCUCUAUCGUCAUCGCUUGGAAGUUAGGUCUUGUUGGCGUCUUUGCUGCCGUACCACCUAUGCUUAUUGCUGGAUGGACCCAGCUUCGUCUUGAAACGAAGAUGGACUCGGACAUUGACAAGCGAUUCUCUCAUAGUGCAUCCAUCGCUUCCGAGUCUAUUAUGGCUAUCCGAACUGUCUCUUCGCUUGCUCUCGAGCGCAAACUCCUGGACAAGUAUGUGAACGAACUGGACCAUGCUAUUGCUGGGUCUAGGCGUCCGACGUUGUUCAUGAGGGUGUGGUUUGCCUUGACACAGGCUAUUGAGCACUUUGUCCUCGCACUCGGCUUCUGGUGGGGAUCUGUGCUUCUAUCGCGGGGUGAAGUGUCCUUUUAUCAGUUUAUCGUCUCAUUCAUGGGUCUCUUCUAUUCGGGUCAGGCUGCCGGCCAGUUCUUUAGCUUUGCCAGCAGCUUCACGAAAGCAAACCAUGCGGCGAACUACUAUUUUUGGAUAACUAGUCUCCAACCAACCGUUCGGCAGACGGAUGAAAACAAGGACCGCGCUCCUCGAACUGGUUGCAGCAGCUAUGAUUUCAAGGAUGUCAAAUUCUCAUAUCCCUUGGCCCCGGACAAUAGAGUCCUGAAAGGUACCGAUCUCAAGAUUGAGCCUGGCCAAUUCGUGGCUUUUGUUGGUGCAUCGGGCUGCGGUAAGAGCACCAUGAUUUCGCUGCUGCAACGUUACUACGACCCUACCAGUGGUCAGAUCAUCAUUGAUGAGCAGGAUGACCUCAAGGACCUGAAUCCUUGGCUGUAUCGAAGCAACAUAGCAUUGGUGCAACAGGAACCGACCAUGUUUCCAGCCUCUAUCCGAGCCAAUGUUUCCAUGGGCAAGGAUUUCGACCUUACCAAGUCGGCGCCUACAAAGGGUCUCCCGACUGCAGACGAUGCUGAACUAGAACGUGCUCUACGAGCCGCUAACGCGUGGGACUUUGUCAGCUCGCUGCCUGACGGCCUCGAUACGCCAUGCGGCACUACCGGCGGCAGUCAACUAUCCGGCGGACAGCGACAACGCAUUGCAAUUGCCAGGGCACUCAUUCGCGACCCCAAUGUCCUUCUCUUGGACGAAGCCACCAGUGCUCUCGACACUGAUUCGGAAAGAAUUGUUCAGGCUGCGCUUAUGGAGGCUGCGGGUUCGAGCAAGCGCAUCACCAUCGCCGUUGCCCAUCGUCUAUCCACGGUUCGUCAGGCUAAUCGCAUUUUCGUCUUCUACGAGGGACACAUCGCUGAGGCGGGCUCGCACGACGAGCUCAUCCGCCAGGGAGGCAUGUACAGCAAGAUGUGCGAGGCGCAGAGUAUCGAGGGAGCGUAG